GAAGAGGGGAAUGAGAGGAAGGGAAGGCUCCAGUGGAGGCGCAGCCGGUUAUCGUCAUCAUAGUCGUCGUGAAUCGUGUGUAUGGGGAGUCGUGAAUAAUCGUAAAAGCGAUUCGCGAACAAAAAUAAAAGGAAUAGAAGCUAGUGAAUAUUAGUGUUCAUAUAGUAUAGUAGUCUCUAAGGACGAAAAGUCCUUUUGGAUAUGGAUUGAAUUUGAGUUUAAAACUGGAAAUGCAAGCAGGUGAAGAACGUGAACCACCAUUGCGCAACUAUUUUAGUGCUUUAUGCUCAAGUGUACUAGCGUGUAGCUUCUUUUUAAAGAGAAACGGACAUUUAUAACAUUAAUAUAAUGAUCCGCGUUCAUCUGCGACAACAGAGAUUUAGCUGAGCUCAGCAUUACAUUUAGCCACCUCAGCAAAUUCUGUUUGUCCACGAUUUCUAUAUAUAUAUAUAAAAUACCAAAAAAAAACCUAAUGGAGCAUUUAUUAAAGUAACAUUAAAAAAUAAUAAGAUUAUGUUUGUACCACAAAAAAGCAUCAGUAGAAUAUUUUGCCUAAUUUAUGAGGACCUGAAGUACACUGCUGUCUGAGGUGGAAGAGCGCGGACGCAAAGCCCUUGUUCAAUGAUAUAUAAAAUUGGAAGGAAUAGUUCAAGAUUCAUUAAAUGGCCAUUAUUACCUAUCAUCAGAAACAAAAUUUUGGGAUAAAUCUCAUAUUUGAAAAAAGAAAAAAAUCCAUAUUUUUUUUUCUACAUGAAAGAAAUAUAUUUAUAAUGUUAUGAUCGCAAUUUUAAUAUGUUCUAUAAUAAUGGAGGUGCAUUUUAAUAAUUGUAAAAGUGUGUUUUUUCAAGGAAUGAAAGUAGUGACGGAUGUUUUUGCCGUAGGUUAAUGCACCUCACGUGGCGAGAGAGGAGUUGCGUAUCGUAGCCGUCAAACUACAUGUAGUGUGUGGAUAUAAAAGAGGGGGAAUAAGUUACAUAAAAAGGGUUAAAGUUUUGAGAGCGUAUAUAAGUAUAUAAGGAAAAAAAUAAAAGAUGGUAUCUGUGCGGGUACAAACUCAUAUGUUGGCUGAUGCGUGUAUACAGUUUUUUUUUUUUUUUUUUCUUUUUUUAAUUUAAUGCCAACUCCAGUUUUGUAAUGUAUGUGCAAUAACAUGGUGUAAUAUAUAGAGUGUAAAAUAUAAACGCGAAAUAAACCCACGCCUCUUAAUAUAGGAGAGAGGAGAGACAUAACGAUCCAUCCACAAGGCGUCCCACACGAAGCAUUUGUACUUUUUUUUUUUUUUUUAUUUUAUUUUAUUUUUUUGUUUCCCUCUUUUUGGUCUUCAUGUCAGGCCUACUUGAUGGUCGAUGCGAUCGUGAAUUCUUUUUCAAGUGCAUCUCGUGGAUCAUUUAUUACAUCAUCGCCAAAGAAACUCGACUUAAAUUUAUAUAUGCUAUCUUCAUUGAUUGGCAAAAAAAAUCAGCCUAAAUAAUUACAUAUAGAAAAUAAUGAUAAAGAGGCAAUAUUUAUGGCAUUAAGUGAUCCUUCAUUAAUAAAGAAAAAAAGAAAAAGACUGUGUCGGAAAAUUGUGCGGUGACAGUGUUCUAGUGACAUCCUAAAUAAAUGAACUAUGCUCAAGUUUUUAACGCACAAACUAAGAACUCAUUCUCUAAACGAGGAUCCAAAUCAAGAGAAGACUGACGAUGAUCAUGAUUCAGGAACAGAAUCAGAUGAUGAAUUUCAAGAUGGCACUGGUAUCGCGAAUGAACCCUCAAGUCCGAUGGAGAGUCUGGAAAGUCCGGUACUCACGGACAGUGUCGUCAUAUCGGAUACCGAUUUCACAGUUCCAACACCGAUACUUAAGAUCAGACAAAAAUAUGAUAGUGAAGAAUUGGAGAAUGAGAACGAAUCAAAUAAGAAGAAUCUCAUGCAAACCACCAAGACACAAGAAUCUCAAAAGGAUCUUCUUUUGUACUUGAAUUGCAAUGAUCAACAUAGUUCGGAAGAAGAAUUGGAAGUAAUAAAUGGUCCGAAAGUUGUUAAUCCACAACGAUGUCGAACGGCAACUGCUCGAGAAAAACGAAAAUGGUCUGAAGUUAACUGUAGUAAUAGUCAAACUCAAUGCCAGUCACAGCUUCAACAUUGUGAGGCAAUAGUUGCCUCUUGCUCAGCACCCGUCAGCAGAACAGGAAGGGAAGCUGCUUCUGGUUCUAGUGACGAAGAGGUCCAAGGACUUCUUGGUAGUAGAAGCGGAAGUGGAAAUAUGAUAUCACAACCGGUACAGUUUCGUACCUCACCACCUGUGGAUGCGCACAAGCCAGGACGAUCUCUGUCACCUCCGCCAAAACUUUUUCAUGCCUCAUCGACUGAAUUAAAACCUCCGCCUCGACCAAGGUCACGACCAAGACCACAUUCUCAUUUUCAUUCACAUUUAGAACAUCAUCAUCAUUUACACCAUCAUUAUCAUCAUCACCAUCAUCAUCACCACCAUAAUAAUUAUGCUGACAGUGAUGUUGACGUCACUGGUACAUGCAGUCCUCGAAAACGUCAUCGGCCUCCACAUAGAUUACCAAGACCCUGUCUCGAUUUUGAAAAAAUGCAGCAGAUGAAGGCACAAGCUGUCACGACUUGGAGGCACAGUAGUGAGCAUGGAAAGGAACUGUCUGUAUUUUGUUGGUGAGAAUGGUGUUCCGAGAACUGAAGAUCUUUUUCUGGAUCUACAGUGAUCGGCUAUCGGACUUGCUAAACUUUUUGCAUCAUCGGAAAAUUAACAUUUUCAAACGGCAUAAUGUAUAAAAAAAAAAAAAAAAAGAAGAAA